UUCAAGUGUGGCCCGGCCUCGAACGGGCACUGAGCAGCGCAACGUUGAUUUGGCUUUAAAAGGUCGUGCGUCAUCUUGCGGGCCAGAAAGCUGCCCAGCUCCAGCUCCAGCCUGCCAACGCUCGCUUUCCACACACACUCCCACCUCGCACAUCCCACAUCUCCUCGCCCACAAACACGCACACAACGUCCGCUCGCACUGCGCCUCUGCCCACCUGCCCAUCCUCGCACACGCAUUCGCCCACGCCAUCUUGACCUUCACCAUGUCGCUCCAGGACAAGGCCCAGCACCAGAUCUCGCAGCUCGAUAAGGAGCUGUCCAAAUAUGAGGCGCUCAACAACUUCGAACGGCAGACCAAUGUGCCCAAGGUCUACGUCGUGCUCGGUCUCGGCGCUCUCUACUUCUUCCUCGUCUUCUUCAACAUCGGCGCAAACUUCCUCACGAACACGGUCGGCUUCGCCAUUCCCGCAUACUACUCGCUCGACGCCCUGUUCACUGCUGGAACCGCCGAUGACACCCAAUGGCUGACCUACUGGGUCGUCUACGCCUUCCUCACUGUCUUCGAGAGCGCUGUCAACGCCGUCUACUGGUUCCCCUUCUACUACACCUUCAAGUUCGUGCUCGUCCUCUGGAUGGCCCUUCCCCAGACCAGCGGUGCCCAGAUCGUUUUCCGGUCGUUCCUCCAGCCCGUCUUCUCUCGCUACUUCACCGGCCCGUCGACCUCGGCAAACCUGCGCUCUGCCGCGGAGAAGGCCCAAUAAACAGGCCUACUUCAUUGUCCGUCUUUCGCCAUCCACCCUGUCUCUCUCUCUCCGCACGCAAUUCUGCGACAAGACAAGCGACGCGGCCUGGGGGUCUGGCUCAGGCGAAAAUCCGUGUCCUCUCUUUGCUCAGUCGACACGGAUCAGGUGAAUCAUUUCCUUUUCUUUUUCAGUCACAUCAAGAGGGCAAAGGCUAUGUUUGUUACUGCUACAAUCUGCGAAAUGACAAGGAAUGAAUUGACGGUACGAAACGGAUCCGGUAUGACUGUCAUGGUUGGUAAUUGAACAGCUCGCCCUGGAAGGGGAGGUGCACAUAUUCUGUUUCUCUCUUCUUGCAUGCCGAUCGCUCACCCUAUUUGCAAGCAUCCUGGCGAGAACGGCGACGCGAUCAUCUUGCGGCACUCGCAGCGAAAAGGGUGCUGGGAUUUUCGUGCUCAGGAAGAGACACGUUUUGCGACACGCGGCGUGCUGUUGGAGCUUGAUACACUUUUUCAUUCUUUUCACUCUCACAUUUCUUACCCUGGAUCUUCUCGUGCACGUGCGACAUGUGUGCCAGGUGUCUUUUGCGGUGUACGUCUUUUGUGGACGUUAUAGAUCUUAUUCAUACUCGUGUAGUCUAACUACUGAGUGCUUUACGUCUCGGCGAAUGGUCAUGGAGUUGUUUCGUUUAGAAAUA